AUGUCAUCUCUAGCUUGCCCAGGCACGCAUUUGUUUUCAGUCGACCUUGACACUUUAAUGUCUGAGCAACGGAUGGUCUAUCCAGACUUGUCAGUGCCUCUCCUUUUGGUCCUUCUUAGGGAUACAUUAUAUACACUGAACGCACAAACAGUCGAAGGGAUAUUUCGAGUUCCAGGAACUCAAGAAGAUAUAGAUUGUUAUAAAGAUCUCUUCAAUACAUCAAAAUUCAAAAUAUACAAGGAAUGUAGUUGUAAUACUAUAGCAGGCCUUUUUAAACUGUUUCUUCGGGAAUUGCCCACUCCGGCAAUCCCAACUCAAUUUUAUGAUAAUUUUGUUGACGAAGAUACAAUCACCGCUUUUGAAAACAACAAAGAUACUAUAAUGGAAAAGUUAAAUGUACUACCGGAAAACUAUAAGAACCUUGUUCUCUUUAUCGUUCACUUUCUCAAAGACUUUUCAAAAUUUUCUAACGAAACGAAAAUGGGGGUCGACAACCUUGCAAUGGUAUUCUCCGCUUGUAUGCUUGUCAACGAAAAUUUGGACCCAUUUGCCGCAUUGACAAAAACGAAUUUGGCAAAGUCAUGUUUGGCUGCAAUGAUCAAUGGGAUUGAUGAAAAGACUUUCGAAACCAUCAAAUUAACUAUUCCAAAUUAUAAUUUUGAAGGACUGACGGUAGUUGAGAACAAUCCUGUCGUAGGGUGGAAAGAAGAGAAAGAUAAAGAGCGACUUAAAGAUAAAUUGAACGAAAAAAGAAAAGAUGUAAAACAAAAGAAGACGUUGUUUAGAUCACGAGAUAAGACUAUGUCAAAACCCGAAAACAUUAAUAUAAAGAAUGGAAGGAUCUCCCCUGUUUCUAAAGAAAUUUCUUUAUCAACAGAGUCACUCGAUUUACCUUCACAUAAAAGAGUCACUUCAGUCGAUUCAAAAACAGAAGAAGACAAGUUCUCAACGUCUUCACCGAGGUUUUUGGAUACUCAAAAGUUAAAACUCAAUUUGAGUACUUUGGGUUCACCAAUGUUCGACUUAAUUAAAACACCAACACCUUUGUCAAGACCUUCUUUCUUUGUAAAGGCUGAGUGA